GGGGGACCGCAGGUGGGGUCAAAGUCGCCGUCAGACAGUCAUGACAGCCUCACUUGGAGCAACAAGCUUGCGCAUUAUCAGUUGCCAGACGUUUCCGGAGAGAGUUUCACUGAGGCGCACCGUAUGGUCCAACACUGAGGGUUCGGACGCACCUGGUAUUUCAGCUGCGGCGAAAUAUUAUGGCAGAGAACACCUAUUUCUCCAAGAGUGCGAGGCUGGGUAAAUAAGCCAAGGUAAACAGUGAGGAAGAGGCCGAUUCGUGAGCGGUACAGGCUGAGUUGAGGGGAGCCGCAUCACUCUCGCUCAGUCUCCGUGUGGCAGUGCAAGGGGAGUGCAGCCCGGCGUUCACCACACCCGCGUGUAAGGUUACCGCCGCUGGGACCACAGGCUCCACACCUUCCUCCAGUGUUCCCUCUUCUGCAGUCUGCGACCUGUGCUUGCGUCAUCGGCUAAAAUGAUGACAGAGGUGAGACACAUGGAGGGAUAAAGAAAGAACUAGUGACUGUGAACCAACCAAUAUGACGCGGUACAAACAGCAGACAGACAUGGAUGACGACAGCAGCUCCAUCGGGUCAGCGCGCACCGAGGAGCUUCCGACAGGAACUACCACAAUUCGCUACCACAUGGGUUCGCACUGGUGGCGGUCUCGUACUGGCCUAGAGAAGUGCCUCUUGGUGGGGUGGCUCGUGCUGCUGCUGCUGCUGCUGGCACUCAUGGCCAUGCUACACUUCAAAACCAGACCCAUGCCCAUCCUGCUCCCAAGCUCCACAGGUGCAAGCAGGCUAUGUCUCAGCCGCGACUGUGUGAUGGUGUCUGGGGCUGUGCUCAGUAACAUGAACCUCAGUGCUGAUCCAUGCGAGAACUUCUAUGAGUAUGCCUGUGGGGGAUGGGUGGCCAAGAACCCUAUUCCAGAAGGGAAGCCAAUGUGGGGAACUCUCAAUAAACUGGCAGCAGACAACAAUAUAAUUUUACGCAGGGCUCUGGAAUCAAAUGUGACUUCCAAGAGUGAGGCGGAGCAAAAGGCUCGAAUAUUUUACCAGUCCUGCAUGGAUGUCAACAAAACUAUUGAGAAACUAAAAGAUACACCAGUGCAGAAGAUGAUAAAGCAAAUGGGUGGGUGGUCCAUCACGGGUAAUUGGUCUGCUAAUGACUACAACAUAACAAAGGAUGUGAUUCUCAGCAAAGUAGAAUUUAUCUCUGGUGCACUCUUCUCCUGGAGGGUCAGUGAAGACUACAAAAACUCAUCCUCACAUGUCUUACUGUUUGAUGAAGGGGGUCUUUUUCUACCAGCAAGAAAUUACUAUCUCAAUGAGUCAGAGAAAGAUGUGGUCAAUGCUUAUGUGGACUACAUCACACGGAUUGGGGUGCUGCUGGGAGGCCAAGAGAACAAGACUCGCAAAGCAGCUCAAGGUAUCGUGGAUCUAGAACGGAAGCUGGCCAAGAUCUCCACCCCAGAUGACCAGCGCAGGGAUGACAAUGACCUGUACCAUCCCAUGACAAUCAAGGAGCUUGCAGAGUUGGCCCCAUUUAUGGAUUGGGAAACUUUCAUUCUUUCUCCAUUCAAUGAAGUACCCAAUCCCAUUGGUGACAAUGACAAAGUAGUUGUUUAUGCCCCAGAUUAUCUGAAGAAUCUCACAGUCAUUCUCAAUGAAACACAGAAUUCUGACGAAGGAAUCACAGAUCUCCACAACUACUUGGUAUGGCAAGUUGUCCAGAACUACGUUGAUUUCCUGUCUCAGGAUUUCCAAGAAGCAGCAAAGGUGAUGGAGAAAGCCCUGAUGGGGGUUGUGGGGACAGAUGAAGUGUGGAGGGAGUGUGUCAUGCAAACAAGUAAUGCUCUGGGAAAGCCAGUAGGAGCCAUGUUUGUACGGGAAGCAUUCAGCAAGGACUUAAAGGAUAUGGCUGAAGAUAUGAUAGACAGAGUUCGGAAAUCAUUUGAGGAAAACCUGCAAUCUGUGACAUGGAUGGAUGAAGAGACUCAGAGAAAAGCUAUUGAGAAAGCAGUUUCUAUAUCAGAGAUGAUUGGAUUUCCAGAUUAUAUACUCAAUCCAGAUGAGCUGGAUAAGGAAUUUGCAGGACUGAAAAUAAUAAAAGAUAAAUACUUCCAAAAUAACAAGAAAAUCAGAGAGUUCACUAUGAGGAAAGAGCUGGCUCGCCUCAAAAAGGCAGUCAACAAGACACGAUGGGACAUGUCUCCACCUACUGUUAAUGCUUAUUAUUCACCAUCCAGAAAUGACAUUGUAUUUCCGGCUGGUAUUCUUCAAGCACCAUUUUUUGAUAAGAGAAAUCCAAAAGCUCUCAACUAUGGAACUGUUGGUGUAGUGAUGGGCCACGAAUUGGUGCAUGCCUUUGAUGACCAAGGGAGAAAAUAUGACAAAGAUGGAAACCUGAAUUCAUGGUGGCGGAAUGCAACUUCAGAAAAGUUCAAUAAAUUAUCCACAUGCUUUGAAGACCAGUACUCUUCUUACGAGUUCCUGGGAGAACAUCUCAAUGGAAAACUCACACUAGGAGAAAAUAUUGCUGACAAUGGAGGACUGAAGGCAAGCUUCCAGGCAUACAAGAAGUGGCUAGAAGAGAAUGGGCCAGAGGAAGCUCUGCCAGGCAUUCCAUCCAACUACCAACUUUUCUUCCUUGGAUUUGCUCAGGUGUGGUGUUCAUCCAUCACCAAAGAAGCUGCCCACCUGGAGAUCCUGAAAGAUUCGCAUGUUCCAGGAGAGUUCCGUGUUUUUGGUUCGCUUACCAACUCUGAAGACUUUGGUAAAGUCUUUAGGUGUAAGAAGGGUUCAAAAAUGAAUCCUGCAAAAAAGUGCCAAGUCUGGUGAAGCAUGUGCUUCAUACAUCUAGGAUUGUUAGUUAUGGAAGGUCUUAUUAGAAAUAAUCAAAUGGUUAUCUGGGAGGAAAAAUCUACAUACCGUAGUUAAAUUUUAUAAAUGCUGCAAUCAGUUAUGCAAAGUUGCCUGUUGCUAGGUGAUGGUUUUCUGAUAACCUGAUUAAUUUGAAACAGAAAUGUGAUAGCAAAACUUCAUUAUGAUUAUCAGUAUUUUCUCCUGUACAAUGCAAAUAUAUCACAGUCUGAAAAGUUCCAUUAUUAUAAACAAGUGUCUGUUUUUCAGUACCAGACAAUCCUGUACAAUAUCGCAACAGUACAAGAUGGUUUAGUCACUCACCAGCCAUAAUGCUAAUCAUUCACAUGCAUUACAACUUUUUCUUUUACAUAUGCCUGAACUUCUUUAAUUUCACAUCUUAAUGCAGUCAAUCCUUUUAUGUUACUGUAAGACAGGUUUGGGACUUGGUUCAGAGUAGGAACAGGAUACUGAAUUACAUAUCAAUAAAUGCACCUCAUAAAAUAUAAUUUACUAUGAAUUUAGAUACAUACCAUUAUUUCAAUUGAUCACAUCAAAGCAAACUUACUGAGAAAAUGCUGUGUGGCAUUCAAGCUGGACCCAAACAUUCCUGCCAGGCUGUAUAUCACUUCCCAUGAAAUACUAACUGUAUGCCACUGAGGUAUAUAUAUAUAUAUAUAUAUAUAUAUAUAUAUAUAUAUAUAUAUAUAUAUAUAUAUAUAUAUAUAUAUAUAUAUAUAUAUAUAUAUAUAUAUAUAUAUAUAUAUAUAUUAUGUGAUAUGAUAAUUCCAUGUGUUCUGUUAUAACUACUUUACCGAGAAAACAUCCUGAAUUUUGAAUGAAUGGAUCAAGGAUUUCAUUUGUAGCAUUUUGGUUGACCAUAAAAACAAGCAUUUCUUGAUCACUUUUGCUAUACUGGCACUGACAGAUGAUGCCAAACUGCCAGCCUAGCAUGGCUGGAAAUGUAUAAAUAUUCCCUCCUAAAAAGUGACAUCUUGCUUAUUGCUCAGAAACUUUGAAAUUUCAUAUUAACAUGCUCAUGGACAGUUGGUAUGUUGUAUUGCUAUUCUAAGUCUCAGGGUAUUCAUACUGAAUAAAAAGAAAAGCAUUCACUGCAGCAGUGCAAGCUAUAGAGCUCCCACACUUACCCUCUGUAUUUUCAGUAAUGUUAGGGUCAGUGAGUGACUGCAUGUUGAUAAAAAUUGUGGAAAACUAAGCACAUCAGGUAAGAUAAAUAUUUUCCUUUUCAUGAAUAAGAGGUUAAUGAGUUAUUGCUUAGCUCAUACCUUGUUUAGUAGUCCCCAGUGUUAAACAUAACCACUUAACUAAGAGGUGGAAUAUUAUGCCAAUGUGAAAGCAAAAUAGGGUUUCUUUGAUUUAUGAGAAACAAAUAUAUAGACCACGUUCACAGCAUGUUAAGUGGUGAGGAUUCACAAACUAAGUGGGAACAGUGCAUCUGACUUCAGGGAAGUUGAUUUAAUGAGAGCUGAAAUGUGAAAUUUCUGGUUACAAUCUCAAUGAUAGCUUACUGCCUUUUCUGUUGACUCUUAAGUUUCAAAUAUAAAUUGGUAUUAUAUCAUUCACCAAACACUAGCUUUUGUGAAGCCUGAGUAUUCAUUAAUGAAAUAAAAAAAAAAAAAAAUUGACUGGUUCUAAGCCCAGUCCCAAAAGUUGUUUUUUCCCAAUUUUCAAGAUCUUUUGAUGAAAAGGAUGUUAAAAUAAUAUGAAGUCACACAAUUAUGUAGCAAUCAAUACAUAUUACAUAAACACUACAGCAAACAUCUCUUAUGACACAUGAACCAUUUAGUCAUUAUAUGUAUACUUUAAAGACACCAAAUGCUUUGUUCCUUAACUACUUGGAUUUCCUGAGGACUCAUGAUUUCAUUGCAGAUUAAGAAAAUAACACUACAAUUACACAUUGUGUUAGGAAGUGUGGAUCAAAACGGCAGCAGACAACAGGUGCCAGUUGGUCUCUGCCUUGGCACACUGCUUUCCUUCUCAUCCCUUGAACUUGCCAUACAACCAAACAGUUUUUUAUCAUUAUUAACACUAUCUGCACCCCACCUUGGUGCACUGGAUGUCACAACAGCUCAUAAAAAUAACACCCUAACACCCCACACAGUUUCUGACCACAAAAUGACUAUAAUGGUCUUGUAUGUGAAUGGGGAACUGUCAUCCACACAGCAGUGAUUGGUGACUGACUUCCAAAAAUCUUGCUUUGAGAAACAAUGAACCCAGUACCUAAAAGUUAACAGUAAGAGAGAGAGAGAGAGAGAGAGAGAGAGAGAGAGAGAGAGAGAGAGAGAGAGAGAGAGAGAGAGAGAGAGAGAGAGAGAGAGAGAGAGAGAGAGAGAGAGAGAGAGAGAGAGAGAGAGAGAGAGAGAGAGAGAGAGAGAGAGAGAGAGAGAGAGAGAGAGAGAGAGAGAGAUCCCCAAACUUAAGGGCCUACUGUGUUUCAGUCAACAUUCACUUAUGUGUGUAUUUACUGUUCACCUCAGUAACAUCAGUUGACAGCAAACCACUGUUUUUGUAUGUAUAAUAUUAGGAUACUGAGAUAUUAAGGUACAACAUAUUAAAAAAAAAGUUGUAACCAACAAAGCAGAGCACAGUGAUCAGUUCCAUCAUGCCUUUGUUUAUAAAACAAGUAGAUCUCUAAGGUCCAGGUGGUACCUUUAUUUUAAGUCUGUGGUAGGUUCUGUGCACACCACCUGGUCCAUAAUUCACUGUAGUAUGUCCAUUGUACUUUAAGUGUGCCACAUUUUUUUUUUUUUUCAACUAAAUUUCAAAGGAAUAUAUUCGAUGUGUGUUUCAGAAGCUGACACCAUUUCAUAUCAUUCACAAUCCAGUAAAUCAUCAAUCAUAUCAGUGUUAUUUUAAGUGGUAGCAUGAAUAUUACUAUCAUAUUACUUGGAUCCAGAUGUAUCAGGCUGUUAUUUUUGCUGGACUUUAUCAGGUAAGUUCAUUUGAUAAGUCAUUCAUUAAUUGUUGUUAUUGUCAUAAAAUUCCACCUGUGUCCACUUAACUAGUCAUUAGUAGUUAUUGCAUUACUUUCUUCUCUGGUCUCUACAGAACACCUCAUACAUUACAUGGCAAGAGUGAAAUCACUCAUUAAUGAGUGACCAGAUGGUGAUGAUAUAAGGCAGAAAAAAAAUCAGUAGACUCCUUGAUCUGAAAUGUAAUGCUAACCAAAGCACACACUUCCUACUCAUCUGAUGCAGUUCUUUGCCUAACUCCUUCCUCCUCCUUUUUACAUAUUCAUAUCACAAGGCUCAGCCAACUCCUUAAUAAUAAUGUCCUGUGCAUGCUAUCUGACAUAUCACAAUUUUCAAAAAUAGUCACUUGUAUUUUUAUUUCACCCUGUGAGACAUUUUAUGCAGUCCUAAGGCAAUUCAUCUCAAAUCUCAACUCUAUUUAGCUGUACUGAAUUCCAUUCCAUGUUUGUGGCUCUGAGGUAUUUGUUAGUGGCUGGUGGAAUAAUAUUGUUCGUUCUUUUAACUCACCCCAAUUGAAUUCCCUUUUAUGAGCUUACUUUUAAUAUACUUUUGGCAAUACUAAUAUUCACAGAGAACAUAUAGUAAUAUUCAAAUUCUCUGGUCUUUUGGCCUUCUUCAAAUCAACAGUAUAUUAUGCCAAAACAGCACACUUUUUUUGAAGUUGUAUAAUCAUAUAUAAUCAAACUGAAGUAACUGAUUCAUUCUCCAUUCAGACACAGUGAAUUUGUCUAUGUUUAUUACAAGCUUACUAUAUUGCAGAUAAUGUGCAAAGCAUCAUCUAAUAUUUGGGCAUCUUCUUUAUUCUACUUAAAAAUCCAGUCAAGCAAACUUGUUAUAAUUCACCAAAAUGUCAAACUGAGCUGCUUUUUCUCCUUUCCAUUUUCAUUCACUUACAUUGCAUUUAAUUAUAUACUAAAUGAUCUGAUAACAUUGUACUCUAUUACAAUUUUUCCUCAGCUCUUUAUCAGGUCUUAUAUAUGCAUUAUAUCUUAAUGAAAAGCUUUCUGUCUCUGUCACAAUAUCACGACACAUCUAUCCAACUAAGCAUUCCAAUUACGCUCAUCACAUGUUCCCAUCACUUUUAUUAUGCAUCAGUACAACUGUGACUAAGCUAAACCCAUAGGCACCUUCCUCUGUUCCCAUGAAAGCCUACAUAUCAAAUACAUGCAGGUAUCACAAUGACACAGCUUUAUCUUUGAACAUCAUCACCUGCAUCUUUGUUUACAAUGUCCAUUGAAUACAUUUCCUUCUGCCUUUGAACACCAUCACCUGUAUCUCUGUUUACAAUGUCAACUGAAUACAAUUCCUUCUGCCUUUGAACACCAUCACCUGCAUUUUUAAUUACAAUGUCCACUGUAUACAUUUCCUUCAGCUGAAUGUUUCACUACAUCAUAUUUUAUUAUUUAAUGUUAGAGACAUUCUCACAAACAUGUCAGAAAUCUAUACACAAGUAUUUUUGUUUCUGUUUUUCUUUCUAUCAUGAGCUGCCCAUUAUAAUCACUUCAACUUCAGUGUUUGGAGCAAAAUGCUCACUGCCAUGCAAUAACCCUUUCACAACUCAAGCCUUCAUCAGAUCCAUUUGUGAACUAUUCACAGCUACAUAACCAAUUAAACUGAUUUUUUUUUUUAACAAACUCACAUUCUCAUUUACUAUCAGCAUGCAUAGCCUUGUAUAAUAACUUAUAUUUCACAUCCUGUAAAAUACAGUGACUGGAUGAAGGUGAAUGGCUAUUAAAACAAAUGAAAAUGCCAUGUACUGUAAUGUGCUGUGACCGUCUUUGUAAUACCAAAGAAAAUAUCUUUACCACAGAAAAGUUAGUGGUGUGAUUUAGGAUAUGUUUAAUUAGGGUUUUCAAAACUGCAAUAUCUGUUCUAUUGUUCUAGUAAUUUUAGUAGUGAGAGUUCAGAUGUUAGGAAAAUGAAUAUACUAUUUUUGAACCUAAUGGUUGGUAGGAUAUUCAAAUGAGUAAUCCUUAGGGAUGUUACCUAGCUAAACUUAUAAAUGGCAGUGUACACUGUAUACAUUAUUAUAGUCAGACAUCACUGCAAACAAGGCUGGAGUUUGGGAUAUGGAAUGCAAACAUUCAGUUCACUAACUCUAUGAAUUUGAAGCAUGUGCUAUUUUAGACAAUGCCUAGAUUUUGACACAACAUCAGUGCCUAGUGUGUAUAAGCUAUGAUGCUGUGUCAAGGAAUGAACUGUUUUAAUGUAUGAACAUAUCUAAAAUAGUCCUUAAUGUUGAAUGUGCUCACUUGUGUUUUAGUGUGGUCUGAUUUCAUCUGUUGUUACCAUUACAACUCAGUAGGAAAGCUGUAACAAGUGGUGGACAUCAUAUUUGACUCAAUAAUACACAUGACAUUUUAAUAUAACCUGAGGUGCUGUAGUAUAGUUACUGUAUUUUGAUUUUCAUGAGCAUACAGCUUAAGGUAUUGUGACAGAAUAUGAUUGAUGUCUGGCUAUAAUUUGACUGAAUGAUGUAUAUAUUUUUGUAUGUGAUGCCUGCCUAAAUUGCACACUUGAAAAAAGGA